AGCUAUAUACAACAUAGAUGGAUUUGUUUGAUAAACUUCAAGACAUGAUCUGGUAGAGACACUCGUAAGCUACACAGCGUACACUGAUGUGGUCGAUUAAGGAGAGAUUAAUAAUCUUCACAAAUGUUAAUAAGUGGACCGUAGCAAUUAUAGGCCCAUUUAUCCCAACUUAGGCCCAUUUAAAUUAAAAACGGUCAUCUACAUCGACGCUUCCUACUCAAGAGAACUCGUUCCCUUCUCCGCCGCAAACAUGAGGCUUCUUCGCCGCCGUUUCUUUAUCUUCACCGAUGGAAUUUCCGGAGCCAACCGGCGAAGAUACGCAACCAAGUAUGUCGCCAAGGUCACUUCAUCAUCUCCCUCCGGCCGUUCUCUGUCCGCCGAAGUUUCCCUUCCUAAUCCCCUCCCCUCCGACGUACGCGGCUACGCUCUCCCUCGGCGUCACCUCAUCUGCCGAGCAACCAAUCUCCUUCUCCGCCACGAAACCUCUUCCGAUCCUUUCUCCGAGCUUUCCGAUUACCUCUCUUCCCUCUCACUCUCCCUAACUCCCGACGAAGCUUCAGAGAUUCUCAAAUCCCUAAACUGCCCUCGCCUGGCCGUCGAUUUCUUCCACUUCGUCCCCUCCGUGUGCCCUAGCUCUCACCGCGACCCGUUCCUCUACAACCGCAUCAUCUUAAUCCUCUCCAAGUCUAAUCUCCCCGACAGAUUCGAUCGCGUCCGUUCGAUUCUCGAUCAGAUGGUGAAGUCUAACGUACGUGGCAACAUCUCCACCGUUAAUAUCUUAAUAGGUUUCUUGGGGAACACGGAAGAUUUAGAAAUGUGCUUAGGGCUGGUGAAGAAAUGGGAGUUAAAGAUGAACUCUUUCACUUACAAGUGUCUGCUUCAAGCUUACUUAAGGUCUCGUGAUUCUUCGAAAGCUUUCCAUGUGUACUGCGAGAUUAGAAGAGGAGGGCAUAAGCUCGACGUCUUCGCUUACAAUAUGUUGCUUGAUGCUUUAGCUAAAGAUGAUAAGAUUGAUCAAGCACGCCAAGUUUUCGAAGACAUGAAGAGAAAGCAUUGUAGAGGAGAUGAGUAUUCCUACACGAUUAUGAUCAGGACAAUGGGAAGGAUUGGGAAGUACAAUAAAGCUGUUGAUCUAUUCAAUGAGAUGAUAACUGAAGGGCUUACUCUUAACGUGGUUGGUUACAAUACUCUUAUGCAAGUUCUCGCAAAAGCAAAGAUGGUUGAUAAGGCUAUUCAGGUUUUCUCCAAGAUGGUUGAAACGGGUUGUCGUCCCAACGAGUAUACGUACAGUCUGGUUUUGAAUCUUUUGGUAGCUGAAGGUCAGCUUGUGAAGUUAGAUGGGAUUGUGGAGAUGUCCAAGAGGUAUAUGACUCAGGGGAUAUAUUCUUAUUUGGUUAGAACCCUGAGUAAACUAGGGCAUGUGAGUGAGGCUCACCGGCUGUUCUGUGAUAUGUGGAGCUUCCCUGUAAAAGGAGAGAGGGAUAGUUACAUGUCGAUGCUUGAGAGUUUGUGCGGUGCGGGUAAAACAGUUGAAGCUAUAGAGAUGUUGAGCAAGAUUCAUGAGAAAGGUGUGGUUACGGAUACCAUGAUGUACAACACUGUGUUCUCUGCCCUUGGGAAGCAAAAGCAAGUAUCUCAUAUUCAUGAUCUCUUUGAGAAAAUGAAAAAAGAUGGUCCUUGUCCAGACAUAUUCACAUACAACAUACUCAUCUCGAGUUUCGGUCGUGUAGGAGAAGUUGAUGAGGCUAUCAAAAUCUUCGAGGAGCUUGAGAGUAGUGACUGUAAACCGGACAUUGUUUCUUACAACUCUUUGAUUAAUUGUUUGGGGAAGAACGGUGAUGUCGAUGAAGCUCACGUGAGGUUCAAGGAGAUGCAGGAGAAAGGAUUGAACCCUGAUGUGGUCACAUACAGCACUCUGAUGGAAUGCUUUGGGAAGUCGGAGAGAGUCGAAAUGGCAUAUAGAUUGUUCGAAGAGAUGCUUGUUAAAGGGUGUCAGCCCAACAUUGUGACGUACAACAUUUUGCUUGAUUGUCUAGAGAAGAGUGGAAGAACCGCGGAAGCAGUUGAUAUGUAUACAAGGAUGAAACAGCAAGGACUCACACCUGAUUCCAUUACUUACAGUGUUCUUGAACGGUUGCAAUCUGGCUCUCAUGGAAAGUCGCGGAUUCGUAGGAAGAAUCCGAUAACUGGUUGGGUGGUCAGUCCUUUGUAGUCACGUGAAGUAGUGAAACAAGGUUUUGAGAAUGACACUUGGCUGGGGAAUGAAAACUCCAGAUUUUAUUGAGGCUUUUUCAGUGAACUCUGUACAAACACCGUCUUCUCCGUAUUGUGAUGAUCAGGUUAGAGUACCUGAAGCUCCAGAUGUUUGAAGGGUUUGCUUAUUGCAUCACAUAGUUCUUUAAUGUAUUGGUUCCUUAUUGUUUGCUCCUUGUUGAAUUAGAAGAGCUGGAUGAUCAGAAUAAGAUUAUGUACCUAGAUUGAUCAAGAAUGUGUUACAUAGUCUUAUAGAGAGAUUAUAGUAUCCAAAACCUCGACUAUAGAUUAUUUAUUAUCAAAUUUUAUUUUAUCCA